AUGCCUAAAAAACAUUUAUCUCCUCAAGAAAGAACAGAUCCAAAGGAUCCAAAAAUAGAUGAGAAAUUUAUUGCAUAAUGCGUAUUAAACAUACAAUAUUUUCCUGAAAAAGUAUUUUUGAGGGCCCAAUAAGUAUUUAGCAAAUAUCCCCAUAAAGAUAUUAAAAAAAUGGGAUUCGACUUUAUGAAGAUGUAUCAAUAAUUACAUGCAGUUGAGAAACCAGGAAAUAUAAAAAAUGUACGUUUGUUUGUCAAUACGGAAAGUAUUAUAAAAAAUAACAAAGACGAAGCCAAUAAAUUGAUUUAUUUACAUAGUAAAAAUAUAUCAAGGGAAGAAAUAGAAGAAAAAUUGAACGAAAAAAAGAAUAAUUAAAAAAUUUAAAAAUAAUAUGAAAAUAAAAAAGAAGAAGAAUAAUAUAAUGAAAAUGAAGAAAAAAUAAUAAAAUAAGCAAAUAAUUCUACAAACAUAUAACUUCAAUUGAUUUAAUAUACUUAGAAUGCAUCUGUAGCAUAUUUAUUAAGAAAAGCUCCCCAUACAUUUGGAGUUGCAUGUAGAAUUUUAAAUGAAAUCAAAUAUAGAUUACCAAAUUUUCAACCUUAAACAUUCCUUGAUUUCGGAGCUGGAAUCGGUAGUGGAAGUAUAGCCUUUAAUGACACAUUUCCGAAUUUUAAACAUAUAAUAGCGUGCGAGCCUUCUACUAAUAUGAGAAAAUUAGGAAAACAUAUGACUUAAGAUAUAAAGAAUUUGGUUUUUGUAGAAAACCUUGCUUAGACUAUUUCUUUCCCUUUUGCUUAAGAAUAUGAUAUUAUUUAUAUUGGACAUGUUUUAUAGGAAGUUCCUUCUCCUGAAUCAAGACUUGUUAUUAUUGAUAGUCUUUGGAAUAAAUUAAAAAAGGGUGGACUUAUUGUUUUUGUAGAAAAUGGAUCGCCAAAAGGUUUUAGAUUUGCUCAUGAUUUCAGAAAAUAUAUAUUAGAAGAAAAAAAAGAUGAAAAGCCUUUAAUUAUUGCACCUUGUCCGCAUCAUGGAUCUUGUCCAUUAUCCGAAAAAGAUGAUACUUGGUGCCAUUUUGAAUAGAAAAUAGGGAAAUAUCCAAAAAAGAUAAUAGCUAAAGAUCUUAAAGAAAGAUAAUUUGAUGAUGAAAAAUUUUGUUAUAUCGUAAUAUAAAAAAAUGCUGAAAGAAGUAAAAAUAUAGAUGAAGAUUUCGAAAAAAUGACUUUGGCAGACUAAUCGUUCUUUUGGGAUAGAAUUAUUUUUCCGACAAUGAAAAAAUAAGGACAUGUCAUUUAUGAUUUGUGUACUCAAGAAGGUCAAUUUGUAAGAAGAAUUACAGCUAAAUCUCAUGGAUAAAAAGAAUAUAGAAUGGCUAAAAAAUUAAAUUGGGGUGAUCUUUGGCCUAUAUAAAAAAGAAUUCCUAAUAAAUUCAGAAAAGAAGGGGCUAAAAGUAAAAGAUUGUGGUGA